CGCGCCUGCGCCUUGUCCCAUUCCACGUGCUGGAACCGGAAACAUCUGGAGUAGCAGUAUCUUGUUGUGCAGCAUGGAAGGCUUGAUGGAAACGCAGAGCGCGGCGGAGGAUGGGGACGGCUUCACCAAGAUUUCUCGCACGACUGGAAAACGGGGCAAAAAACGGCGGGCGGAAGAGCAGUCGCUGGAGAGCCACGACAGCGGUGGUGGCCAGAUGGAUGUUGAGGGAGCCCGGCCCCACAAGAAGCCCAUUUUUCCUCCUUUGUCCGGGGACGCAUUCUUGGGUGACAAAGGUGAAGUGAGGAAAAUUCCAGUGCCCGCCAACAGAUACACCCCAUUAAAAGAGAACUGGAUGAAAAUAUUUACACCUGUUGUAGAACACCUGGGACUUCAGAUACGAUUUAACUUAAAAUCAAGGAAUGUAGAGAUCAGGACUUGUAAAGACACCAAGGAUGUAAGUGCUCUGACAAAAGCUGUUGAUUUUGUGAAAGCUUUUAUUCUUGGAUUUCAGGUGGAGGAUGCACUUGCUCUCAUUAGGUUAGAUGACCUCUUCUUAGAAUCUUUUGAAAUUACAGAUGUAAAGCCUUUAAAAGGAGACCACCUUUCUAGGGCAAUAGGAAGAAUUGCUGGGAAAGGAGGAAAAACUAAAUUUACCAUAGAAAAUGUGACACGGACACGGAUAGUUUUGGCUGAUUUGAAAGUUCACAUCCUUGGCUCUUUCCAAAAUAUUAAAAUGGCAAGAACAGCCAUCUGCAACCUCAUACUUGGAAGUCCUCCAUCCAAGGUCUAUGGUAACAUUCGGGCUGUGGCUAGCAGAGCAGCAGAUCGAUUUUAAUUUCAAAAUAAAGGACUUGCUUUCUGAAGGUGGAGAAGGACUGCAUGAGGAGGCAGCAACAGUGUCAAGGAGAAGCAAUAUUUGUUUUUAAGCCAGAAUCCCCUUCUCUAUUCUCAUUUAGAAACAAAAGAAAAACCAUGUUUCUAGUUUUUCUAAUACCAUAGACUUAAAUUUUUUUAUUUAAAUAAUAUGAAAGCUAUUAAUUUAUCUUUUUUAGGUGUAAUGUACCUAUUUACUAUAUGCUGGAGUAGGUCCACAAUUGGGUCUCCAGGCACAGGGCCUGUAGUUAAAAGCUGAGUUCAAAUAUGGCCUCAGUACAUUUAUUAGCUAUGUGACCUGGGGUAAGUCAAUUAACCUGUCUGCUUGUUUCUUCAAUUCUAAAAUGGAGAUUAUAAUAGUACCUACCUCACAAGGUUGUUGUGAGGAUCAGAUGAAAUAUUUGUAAACUGCAUUUCCUGGCACAUUAGUAUGUGCUAUUUUAAUAAAUGCAUCUUAUACCUCCUCCUCUUUAAUUCUGAAGGAAAUUGACCUUGCUAGAGAACAGUUCUGAUGAGUUCCUUCCUUGGAUUGUAUAGGAAAGUUUCUGAACCUAAGUGAUAUUUCCUUAAUUCCAAGGAUAGGUUAUUUAUGCUUAUAUACAGGAAAUGGUGACUACUUGUCACUACUUGAAUACUUCACUACCUUUUACUAUGACCCAAGAGAAAUUAAUCUGGAUACCUGUCCUGUUUGUAAAAUAAAGAAAAAUCUAUCCAUCAAAGUUGAGAAAAAUGUUUCAGGCAUUUUUUGAAAUGUUUAAUAUUACCAAUGAUGGAUGUUCUAACUAAGCAAUAAAAAGUAAACACGUUAAGAUCCUGUUACUACAUCAGCUUUUUAAAGAUACAUUGAGGCAUAAAAAGCUUAACUGAAACUGGAAUACAUUGAAACAUUCAGGCAUAAAAAUACUAUUUUUGUUCAUUUUUGUUUUCAAUAAGCAAAGGAAUUUUGGAAAUCAUGUAAUCUAGAUUCCUCUUUACAGAUAAAGAAGCCCAGAGAGAAGUAAAAUGACAUGCUGGAGGUCACAGAUCAUUGUUGGUAUGGUUGGGCCUAGAGAUGGUUUUCUUUCCACUAGGCUACAUUAAUUUAAGAAGGGAGCUUGAGCUUGGAAGAUCAUUGUGUCAUAUUCUCUUAUGUUUGCUGAUAAAAGAUAAUGAAAGAAAUUCACAUAACUUUUUCUUAAUACCCUACAUUGUGUUUUCCCAAGAAAAUCUGAGAUAAAGAGUACAAGGAUUAAAGAGCUGUGAGCUUGAAGGCCAGAAGAAUGAGUGAGGGGAAAUUUAGCUAGUUUUAUGCACAUUGUGACACCCAAGUGAAAAUAAUGCUAAAACUGAAGGCAAAGGAACUGGGCUGUUGUUCUCUGUAUAUGACCUGAACAAACUCGCUAUUUCAGCAUCUUUAAAGGAAGGUGUUGGACUUCUAGGAUCCCCCUUCCAAGUUCCUUUCAGAAAAGACCACCUGGCUACCUUGGUCUGUUUUCAAACCUGUAGACCUUAGUAUGUCUAAGGAUAGCUUGCUAGCUAGCCUAGUGUCUAUGUUUAAGCAUAAAACUUCUAUACAUUUGGUCACUAUUAAAAAAACACUCCUGGUUAUAUGAAUUUUCAGAAUUAAAUUCUGUACUUCAGAGGUGAAUAGCAUUUUCCCCCCUCAAAGACAAAAGAACUAGACAGAUCCUCAGUGACAAAUCUCAUUCCUAUGUCUUCUCACGCCCCAGUAAAAUACAUCGACUCCUUUAACAUGAUUUCUUCUAACUGUAGAUUAUCAAGAGAGAGAAUAGGAAGUACUCUGUUCCUUUAAUUAAAAUGCUAGAAUUUAACUUCUGGCUCCUUAGCUGUGGAUCACUCAACAAAGAUUACUUUGAACACAUGGUAGCAAGUUUCAAAUGUUUUAUUUUUUUAUUCAUAUAGUAUGAAGGUUCCUAAAGAUCCCACACAACAUGAUGUAGCAUGCAAAAGAAAAACUAACAUUCAACAUAAACCAUUCCCCCCAACAAACUAAAAAACAAAACAAAACAAAAAAUCCCCCAAUAAAGAAAUGAUAUUUGCACUAUUUUCUAUAACGCCAGCCAAGAUAUGCACAAGCAAGAGAAUUAGAAAGCAUUUGCUAAAAUAUCUGUAACAAA